GAUCUUAUAAAAAGCGGGAAGAUUCUAUGAUGCAUCAUUCUGAUUCUGUAAGUGGUGGCAGUGUUUAAGCCUCAUUUGAGAAAUUCCAGAUGGAGAAAUACAUCAUUAUCAAGGAUAGCUUGAAAUAAAUUCGUCGCUUUCAAUUGCAAGGCCGUUCCAUCGAGUUCAUCAUCAAUCCAACACCUGAUGGAGGUGAUCCUGUGAGAUGGAUGAAAGGGGCUAUCGAAGAUAUUGUUAAGAAAGGUAUCGAAAAUGUGCUACCAACAGACCAGGUUGGUUUCACCUUUUCUUCAAAGGACUUUGCUCAUGGUGAAGGUUGGAUGAGAUUUAGACCUGCAAGGGAAAUUACCUUCAAAGAUAUUUGGCAUACAAUACAUUCUAUUUAUCAAUCCAACGCGAAAGUAUCCAACACUGAUACUUUCUGCAUCAGUAUAACCACCGUGAGAAUGCCUGCUGGAAAAGGAAGGAAAAAAAAGUACAACACUUUCGAAGAGGAGUGUGCCGGAAGGCACAGUCUCAUCACCAUCAACAACAAAGAUAAUUUGUGUUUACCACGAGCUCUGGUUGUUGCGAUGGCUGUUGUCGAUAAGGACCCUGAAUAUGUUAAAGUUCGCCGAGAUACAAAAAAAAUACAAACCUCAAGAGCCCGGGAGCUAAUGCAAGCUGCCAAUGUACGUAUCACCAAUGAAGGAUGUGGCAUCUCUGAACUAGAAAAAUUCCAAGCCUACCUCGAAAAUUACAGAAUCGUUGUCUACAACUAUGGAACAAAGGGCCGUGACAUCAUUUUUGACGGUUCCAAUCAUUCUACUAAAAAGUUAAACUUACUGUAUCACAAAAGACAUUAUAGCGUUAUAAAAUCUCUCACUGCAGCAUUCAGUUGUGUUUAUUUUUGCGAAGAUUGUCAUGAACCCUACGACCAUAAGCGGAAUCAUAGAUGUGGGAAGACAUGUUUUGCUUGUCAGCAGUCCCCUCCUUGCAAAGAAAAUAUUAGGAUAAAAUGCGCUGAUUGUCAACGCUCCUUCAGAGGACAAAACUGUUUUGAAAAUCAUAAACCAAAACUUUGCGAUGAAAUCCGUUUGUGCUCUAUCUGUUUCAAAACCGUGAAGAGAGACAGAACACAUAAAUGCGGAGAGGUAUUUUGUAAAAUUUGUUGCAAACACUGCGCCUCUAGCCACUUAUGUUUUAUGCAACCCAAUACCAGUAAACGAAAAUCAGAUGAGAUCAUCUUUAUAUUUUACGAUUUGGAAACUCGACAAGAAAAACAACUUGAAGACGGUUCCCUUCUCCAUGAGACUAACCUGUGCGUUUUCAAACAAGCUUGUUACAUUUGCUUAGGAAAAAAUGAAGAGAUUUGUGAGACGUGUGGACUUCGUCUUCAAGUAUUGAGAACCUCUGACGCCAUCUCUUCUUUUGUGAAACACAUUUUGAUAUUGCGAAAGAAAUUCGACAAUGUCAUCGUGCUGGCUCAUAAUGGACAAUCAUUCGAUCAUCAGUUUGUCCUGAAUUAUGUGUUGACGAAAACAGUUCUCAAACCCAAGCUGAUAAUGAGAGGUACCAAAAUAAUUUCAAUGGAAAUAGAAAAUGUUAAAUUUUUGGAUUCUUUGAAUUAUUUUCCAAUGAGUCUUGCUAAACUCCCACAAGCUUUCGGGCUCGGCGAUAUUUUUAAAAAAGGAUAUUUUCCGCAUCUAUUCAACACCAAAGCAAACGAGACAUAUUGUGGUCCUCUACCACACAUCAAAUACUAUAGCCCUGAUAAGAUGAUGUCGGGAGAUCGAGAGAAAUUUUUGGAAUGGUAUCAAAAACACAAAGAUGACGUGUUUGAUAUGAAAAAAGAGAUUGAAGAUUAUUGCAUUUCCGAUGUUGAAAUACUAACAGCCGCCUGCCUUAAAUUUAGAGAACAACUACUUGAUGCCACUAAUGUCGACCCAUUCCUCGAAGCCUCCACUAUCGCUUCGGCAUGCAACAAAGUCUUUCGAAGAAAUUUUCUCAAACCCGAAACUAUAGGAAUAAUUCCUAAAAACGGAUACAGACUCAGGGAUAAACAGUCGCAAAUAGCUCUUCGGUGGUUAGUAUGGGAAGAGCAUCAGAGAUCUAUCAAUAUUCAGCAUGCUGCUAAAGGUUUCGAAGCCAUUGUUUCUGGUGUGAAAGUGGACGGAUUCUGUUCAGAAACUAAUCAAGUUUUCGAAUUCCAAGGGUGCUAUUAUCAUGGGCAUCCAAAAUGUCUGAAAUAUGUAAGAGACAAAUUAUUAGACAAUGAAUCGCCGAAAGAAACACUGAAUACGAAAUACGAGAGAACCGUUGCCAAGAAUGAUAGAAUUCGAGAACUAGGUUAUGAACUCAUCGAAAAAUGGGAGUGCGAGUUUCUAAAAGAGUGUGAUGGAAACUUGGAAAUGAUUGAAUUUCUAAAAAACAACUCACUGCUGAAAAACUCUCCUCUCAAUCCUCGUGACAGCUUCUAUGGUGGUCGAACAGGGAAUACUGUGGAAUAUUAUAAAGUUGAGAAGGAAGAAAAAAUCAAAUAUUUAGACGUAUGCUCGCUUUAUCCGUGGGUAUGUAAGUACGGAAAAUUCCCAAUUGGACAUCCGAAAGUUUACGUAGGUGACGAAUGUCAGUCGUUCGAUUGGUGCAAUAUGAACGGCAUAAUAAAGUGCACUAUAUUACCACCACAAAACUUGUUUCAUCCAGUAUUACCGAUGAAAAUGAAUGACAAGUUGAUGUUUGUUUUAUGUCAAACUUGCGGAGAGACUCUAAGCGACGAAUGUCAGCAUAACACUGCAGAGCGUGCAUUGACAGGUACAUGGGUUCUAGAUGAGGUGAAGAAAGCCCGGGAAAUGGGCUAUGAAAUGUUACGCAUUCACGAGAUUUGGAGUUAUAAUAUCACAAAAUUUGACAAACUUGCUGGAACCAGCGGAUUGUUCACCGAAAUGAUGAAUAAAUUCGUCAAAAUAAAGCAGCAGGCAUCAGGAUGGCCAAAAAAUUGCACCGAAAAAGACAAAUACAUAGAAGAAUUUUUUAUAAAGGAAGGAAUUGAAUUGGACCGUUCCGAUAUCGUGGAGAAUCCUGGACUGCGAUCUCUGGCCAAACUUAUGCUCAAUUCUUUUUGGGGUAAGCUAGGGCAGCGUGAAAAUCAGCCCAAAACUUCAAUUAUGAAUGAACCAUAUGAACUAUCCUUAAUAUUAACGGACCCUUCCAGAUAUGUAAAUUCUAUUCUACCAAUCAACGAGGAAACAGUAAUCGUCAAUUGGGAGUAUAGGGAGGAAAGCUAUGCACAACUCUCCACAGUUAACGUGGCUAUAGCUGCUUUUGUCACUGCACAAGCUCGUCUCAAACUUUAUAGCUUUUUGGAAAAACUAGGUGAAGGAGCACUCUACUAUGAUACAGAUUCUGUCAUAUUCACUCACAAACAAGGGGAAUAUGAGCCGCUUAUAGGAGACUUUUUGGGUGACCUCACAGAUGAACUUGUAUGUUACGGUCCUGGAUCACACAUUACUGAAUUUGUCAGCGGAGGACCUAAAAAUUACGCAUAUAAGGUAUGGUGCACUAACGAAAACCGUGAAGAAAUUGUAUGCAAAGUGAAAGGUAUUUCCCUUAAUCAUUCGGCCUCCGAACUGGUCAACUUUGAAUCAAUCAAAAAAGCUGUUUUGGAAAAGUCUGAGCCAAUCUGUAUUCUGUCAGAUGCUAUACUUCGAACACGAGAACAUGAAGUGGUUACGAAGGAGACGACUAAAAUAUAUCGUCCUAAAUCUCUCAAAAGAAAAUUUGCACCUGAUCACUCUUCACUGCCUUACGGCUACAAAAAAACAAAGUCUAAAAAAGUUUCAAGAAACCAUCCGCUUCCCACCACUCCAUAGAAGAAAUAUCAUUAAUUACUGAAGAACGGUGAAUAAAGUUGGAUAUUUAUUACUUUCUCAACAUACGUUCAAACUUUUUUUUAUUGGAAACAAUUCAUUCGAAAUUCGUGUACUGAAAGAGCAAGUUUGACGAAUGUUCUGAACCAUAUUGGACAAUGAAUUCAAAUGCACCUUCUGUAAUUUUAGUUUCGUUAAAUGUAUUUAUUAUUAUAUUGGUUUUUCACUACUGUAUCUUCAGUGCUUCAAUUAUUAUACAAUUACUUAUUAUAAUAACUGCAACUAUUUUGGAAAAAAAACUUGCUUUAUUUAACUGAAUGACAUAGGCAUAUAAAGUUGUUUUUUUUUUCGAUUGGUAAUAAACAUCAAUUUCAGGGACAUUUAUCGCUCGUA